AUGGCUAUACAGCGUGAGAUGUUUUCGCUUGAGCUUGCUGGACCUUCUAACGAUCUUCGAAACCUUCUCGAAAUUUGUAUCUGUAUUGACCAAGAUUUACAAGCUUUAUAUCGCGAUGGUGUGCGUCUAGCUGCCUCUUACGGAACAGAUGGCAUUCCAGAAUAUGAAGCUAUCGGCCACGCGGUAUUUCGAGAUCAAAACCGCGUUCUGCCUGGACGUCAUGUCCAGGGUAUCCAAUAG